UUUGUGUCUGUGAAAUGUUUGCUUUCUCUGCGCCCACCGCUGCUGGUGCGUCGAACUAAUCGAGCUGGAGGCUAAUGCACUCCCACCAUCGCCGGGCAGCAUCCUGGAAAAUACGUGGGUCGUACUAAUUUUUUAGUAUACCGCCCGCCAUAACCCCCAUCGAAAAAUUUGCAAUUGUAAUUGUAAGUCAUAAGUAAUUAAAGACAGAACUACACCUUUCUACAGGAGUAAACUACAACUUCUUUGGGAAUCGUAAUAUCUUACUGCAGGAAAGGACUCUUGUCAACUCAUCAAUCCUUCCUGGUACUGCAUACUAAGUACAAUAAUACAAUUAACAAGGAAAGUGCCUGUAGCGAAAAGCCAAUAAACAUGAAGCGAUCAUUUUGUUGCUAGAACCACGAGUAAGAUUGAUAAAGAUUCUUGAAGGAAGCUAAAGUUAUCAUUUUGUUUCGUAUUGGAAAUAACAGAAAGCUGUUCUAUCUUGCAAAUGAUGAUCAAGAAAAUGAAGAACAAUUCCUGGCUUGUUUCUGCCACGACGCUCAGUCUGGUGCCUCCGCUGUGGACUCUGUGUGGGAACUCAUUAGUUUCCGUCCAUGGUUUACUCAUUCAGAAGUCCGCGAAGGGCAACGGGACCGGACACAACGGGUCCUCUGGUGAUGGAUGGGAUCCUCCCUCUGCUGCAGCUUCUACUAGCAGUUCUAAUUAUGCAGGUCGAGGUCAAGAAGUAGAUGUUGAACAUGCUGUUGAGGGUCAACACGGCCUACCGGAUGGAGGGAACGGUGGCACUUUCCCUGUGAAUCAUCCUGGAGACGCAACUGCGGCAGCGGCUGGGGGAGGUGAGGCAUUGAUUUCUGUUGAUGGUGGCGAUCGACAAAGUGCUAGUUUCCAUGGUAAUAGUGUAGGUCAAGGGACGAUGCAAGGCGCCUCUGGUUCCAGUUCGAACACUGGCGGCAAUGCCGGUUGUUCAACGGGUCGUCGAGCUCGAGGUCAACUUGGAGGAGGACAGGUACAGGAAAGGGAUAACGCAAGAACGCCAUCGCCGCGUCGGCGUGCGCUACCUGAUAAUCACUUCGGACUAAGAACGCCGCCGCCGCCUCGUGGCGGUGGGCCCCCGGAUUCUCCACCUCCGCUUCAAACCCGAGGUCAAGUACGAGAAGGCUUGGAGGAGCUCUAUCACUGUUGAGAGGACGCUGCUGAGAGUGAGGCUGGAGAAGAGUCCACCGGCACCGUUGACCAGUCUAGAAGAUGAAGAUCUUGCUGAAAACCUGGUCGAGACUUUGACCACACAAGGUGACCACCGCUCGUCUUGAGAUAACAGAACGCCUCACACAGAAACCGGAAGCAGAACUUUUUUUCAGCUCCUGAUUUUGAUAGGAAAGAAAAUUGAGAAAAUCUUCUCAUUUCUCGCCAGAAUCGCAGGGGGGAAUAUACUGAUUCUGUCUUUUAAUACACUGCAUAUCUUCAUCUUCUGUGAUGUAUCUUCCUAUACAUAGAUAAUUUACCUAUGCAUAGUCGUAGAUGCUACCAGGAAAACUAUUGACCUCGCUGUUUGUGAUGUCAAAAUUAAUCAAGAUCAAUCUGCGACUGCGAUGAUCGAACAUGAACACAAAGAACCUCAUCUCAACAUGUACCUACAUGAAUUGCAUGCCACUGUUGACACUUUAUAAUUACAAGAAACUAACUGCUGCUUCUUCUGCUGGCUGUGUCGUUGACGGCAAAACAAAGCUUUCAUUUUCGCUGCAAUACGACAACUC